AUGGAGGCCACUGCUAAGUUUGAAAUGAGCAUGUUUGAUGGAAGGGGGGAUUUUAGUAUGUGGAGUCAGAAAAUGAAAGUUAUUUUGAUGCAACAAAGGUGUGCUAGAGUCCUAGAUAAUUCUUGGCCUGCUGAGUUACCACCUGGUAGAAGAACUGAGUUAGAAGAAACUGCUUGGAGUAGCAUUUUCUUAUAUCUUUCAAACAAUGUGAUCAGAACCAUAGGAGAAACUAAAACUACUUCUGAAUUGUGGAACAAAUUGAAAGCACAAUAUGAACCAAAAACUGUUCCAAACAAAUGUUUUUUGCUAAAACAAUUCUUUUCUUUCAAAAUAGAUCCAUCUAUUGACUUAGAAGAAAACUUGAAUAGGUUUACAAAGUUGACCCAGGAUCUAGCCAACUGUGAUGAAAAAUUAUCACAAGAUCAGUUGGCUGUGGUCUUGUUGAACUCCAUUAGUGAUAGGCAUAGAGAUCUAAAGAAUGCCUUGGAAUAUGGUAGAGAAAAUUUUACCACAGACAUCAUAACAAAUGCCUUAAGAAAUGAGGUUCUUGAAUUAAAAUCAGAUUCUAUUAACCAACAAAGCGGAGAAAAUCUUUUGUUAAGGGGCAAGAAUGUUGACUGUUAUAAAAAGCAAAAUGAUUUGAAAGAAAAGAAGAUAAGUGAAGGCAACAAUGUUAUAUCCUAUGAUAAACAAAAUGUGAACUAUGGCCUGGUUCUUGUAAAUGUUGAAAGGAACCUAAAUCAAGAAUGA